AUGGAUCGCGCGCGCGCGCUCUGGAUCGUCCUCGCCGCGCUCUACCUCUCCGUCGCCCUCGCGUGCGUCCAUCGCGUCGGGCGCAUCGCCGCGCGCGCGCCAGAGGUUGGACCGACGACGCAAAAGGUGUUCUUUUCACUCAACGCCCUGGCGUUCACGUCUCGCGCGUGCGCGUUGUUCGCGUUCGGUGGCGACGCGACGACGACGGGAGGUCUGGUCGUGCGCGCGCUGGCGUUCGCGACGCCGACGCUGGCGCACGCGCUGGCGCACGGGACGAUUUCGUUGUUUUGGAGCGACGUCCUGCGAGGCGCGGCGCGCGGGGCGCGGGCGAGCGCGGAGACGGGCGCGCGGGUUUGGCACCGAAUCGUCGCGUAUGGCGCGGUAUUGGUUGAAUGCAUAGUUUUGGUCUCGAUCGGGAUCGAGCGCGACGGUGAGAACGGGCGAACGCGAGCGCUGUUGAGGGCGUCGAGGUUGACGCCGGCGUGCGCGUCGUUCGCCGUGGCGGUCGAUUUCGCCAUUCGAGGCGCGCGAUUGCUCGCCAUGCUCCGAGCGUUUCCCGAAGAGCUGGGGGCGACGAGAAAACGGAAGAUUCGCGAGGUUGCGACGGUGGCGUUGACGUGCGUGGGCACGUUCGCGGCGCGUGGGGGGAUUUUGGUCGCGAGCGCCGAGCGCUCGGACGCCGUGGCGGUGUCCUCGUCCGAGGCACUCAAUCUGGCGUAUUACGCCGGACUAGAGCUCGCUCCGAGCGCUUUGGUGCUGUACAUUUUGCGAAAACUCCCGCCGAGGCGUCGCACGAGCGAUGACGAUGACGAUUUACGCGACCCGCUCGUCGACGACGACGAUUCGGGCGAAGAGGAGGACGGUCACUUCUCGGAACUCUCCGACAUCUCCGAGUGA